AUGACACAGCAGAGUUGUGGUCAGAGGUGGCGACAUCGCAGGAGAUGGGCGCUUUUCGCUGCUGUUGCCCCAGUGCUGCUGUUGAGCAGGCAUCCAAAGCUGUCCUUCACAGCGACUCAGUCCACGCUCCCUCUGCGACGAAGCGUGCUAGUCAGGUGCCAGCCAGGCACGCAACCAUCUACAAUCGAUGCGGGCUUAGCCGCAAAGUUGCAGGCGGCGAAGGAGCGCGUAGCUCAAGCCAAGGAGGCAGUGAAACUUUUUAGGACUGAGCUCUGCGGACGCAGCUUCCUUUCGCCCGAGAUCAACCGUCCGCUGCUCACAGAGAUUUUCAUCACCUUCGUCCCAAAGAGUGCGGCAGCCAUGCGGGAGCCGAUCCUGGAUAAAGCGUUGGCAGAUCUUAUCCCAGACAUGCGCCGCGAUGUCGAGGCCUUGGUGGCGUUGGUUGGCUCCAUGGCCGCAGCCAGGCUGCCCCAUGAGCCAGCCUGGCAAUUAAUGGCAGAUGUGGUGGCGAAGGAGUGCCGCGCGGCUUCAGCCAGACAGCUUACAGCUUUUGCCUGGGCCUUCGCAACGGCCGGUGAGCCCAGGCAGGAUCUGUGGGACUCUCUGAAGGCAGCGAUGGCAGGCAAGCUCGCGGAACUUUCGCCAGAUGAGCAAGUGACUUUUGCUUGGUCUUGCGCGGAAGUGAAUCAGCAUGCGCGAGAUUUGUUUGGAGAUGCCAGCGCGGUCGCAGCACCGGCAGCCUCUGCGCAGAUGCUGGAGGCCAUCCAGGCCCUGCCUGGUGAAGUGCUGACCGAUCAGGUGCCCAUCCGCUUGGUGCCAGGUGUGCUCACUGAGGAGCAGGGACAGGCACUGAUUCGCCUUGCUGACGAUGCCCAACUUUGGUCGCAGUCCAGUCGUCGUGGAGCUCGAGAUGCUGAGGGAGAGGAUGCUCUUCGGACUUCUUCCUCUGCAGUCCUCAGCGCGCCGAGCAUGUUCGGGAACCCGGCCGUGCAGGCCGUCCGCACUUGGGCCUCUAAGUUGCUGCGAGUUCCAGAGGACUUCGUGGAGGCUCUGCAACUGGUGCGGUACCGUCAGGGCCAGCAGUACAGCACUCACGUGGACUGGGGUCGUCCACAGGAUGCCUCACUGUGGCUGGGAGGUCAGCGCACAGCCACAGCACUGAUCUAUCUCAACAGCUUGCCGGAUGGCUGCGGCGGUGAGACUUCCUUUGAUAGGCUUGGGGUUACCGUGCGGCCCAAGGCUGGCGCCGCCCUUGUCUGGCCGAAUGUAAAUGCAAGUGGCCACCCGCAAGAACUCGUCGAGCAUCGGGCCCUGCCUGUCCUUUGCGACACCACCAAGUACGCACUCAACGUGUGGAUUCGUGAGAAGGCGCUGCCUACCUAUGUAGGCCGAGCUUGA